AUGGCGCACAAGCAGCACGUACGGCGCGUAUGGGACGUCCUACAGGAGCGCGAGCGGGUGCGCAUGGCGCGUGCGCGCGCCGCAGCGUCGCGGUACCCCCCACCCGAGGCGGUCGCGUUCGCGCUCGAGGAGUCGCGGCACGCGCGCGAGGAUAACCGCUACUCUGACGUGCUGGCGUACGACCGCACGAGCGUGCGCGUCGACGGGAAGCACUACCUCAACGCCAACGUCGUGGCCGACCCAUCGGGCAACUGGUGGGUUGCGGCUCAGGCGCCACUACCACAUACCUUCUAUCCGUUCUUCCGCGCCAUCUACUCUCGGAGCGCAAGCGACGCGCAGGGACAGAGCCAGGCGCGCGCACCCCGCCGACGACGAGAGGCCAUCCUCGUGCAGCUCACAGGCUGGCGCGAGCGCGGCAUCCGCAAGGCAGACCCGUACCUCCCACGGAAUACAGGCGACGACGUAGUGUUUUACCGCGACGCCUCGAAGCGCGAGGGCGUGCGGCUGCGCCUCGCCGAGCAGAAGCGCAAGCCAGAGAUAGGGUCCGUGUACUCGGCGCUACGGCUGUCGCGUGAGGGGGCCCCGGUGAACGGUUUCGGCGCCGCCGCCGGCGACGCCGACGCCGACGACCACAUGCUCGUGCACCACUUCUACUUUGACUCGUGGCCCGACCACGGGGUGCCGGACGGCGAGAGCCUCGAGGCGCUGCAGAACCUGAUACGGCAGGUGGCUGCGCUGCGCGACCAGCACGGCGACAACGAGGUGCACGGGCAGGAUGUCAUCGAGACCUGGGUGCAUUGCUCUGCGGGCGUUGGACGAACGGGCACCUUCCUCGCCCUCGCCUCGCUGUGUUUUUCGCCGCACAGCCACGAGGCGCCACUGCCGCUGCUUGUCGGCCCCUUGCCGCACGACCUGGCACACGACCCGAUAGCGCACACGAUUGACGUUAUGCGUGACUCGCGCGGUAUGCUUGUGCAGACGCCUGAUCAGCUGCAGCUGGUCUAUUCCCUUGCUAUCCCGCCCCUCCCGCCCCGCAUCCACCGCCGCCUAGAGCUGUCAGCCACCGCCGAUGGCCUGCUUGUCCGCGCAGCAGGCAACGGGGCGUCGAGCGAAGCCGUGCUCGUUCGCUGGGGGCCGCGUGGGGCAGUAGAGCCCGUUAAUGCGGCCGUGUACGCCGACGACGAGGGCACCAGCGUCGAACUCGGUGGAGUCCUUGGCAUCGUGCGACUCUGGGACGCCGCAUACCUCGUCAUCUUCCUUCCCCAGGUUAAGGCUCCCACACGGUUGUUCCCCAGCGACGACCCCUUCGACACCGAGACGGCCGCGCACGAGGUGCACUCGCUCGCCGAUGUGCACGCUGUGCCCCUUGUGCCCGACCGCGCUCGCGCCCAGCUCGAGCACCUUGCUUCCGUCCUGUCCAAGCGCACUCCGAAGCAGCCCAAGACGAAUGUCAAGGGCACCGCGACCCCGUCCAAGCCGGGCAUCAACAUCAAAUGGACGAUGCCUUGGGGCUCGCCGAAGAAGGCCGCCGAGUCCGAGUCUGACGACUCGGAUUCCAACUCGGACUCUGACAGCGAGAACGACACGGCGUCCGAGCUGGCGCGGAGACGCGCAUCGUCGAUCGCACCAGAGGCGGACGAGACACCCCCCGAGCUCCCGCCAGUGAUUACAGACAGCCCAGAGGUGCGCGUCAAGAAGCGUUUCUCGCUCGGAUGGGGGCGGUUCACACCGCGCCUGGGCAAACCGAGGGCCAAGGCCGCGCCCGCGCCCAAGCCUGCAAAGGAUGCCAAGGCGAGCCUCGAGCCCCCGGCUCGAUCGUCGGGCGAGAGCCGGCGCUCGAGCGAGGGCCGCCGGUCAGCCGACAGCCGGCGCUCAGCCGAAGCGAGGCUCAGCUCCGAGGUCGGCGAGAUGGUCCCCGACGAGGAAUUUGAGCUCGGCACGAUCCGCCAGAAGGCUAAGGCGACCGAGGCGGCGCUUCCCACCCCUGUGGCCGAUUCCGCGGCCUCGCGCUCGCCUUCGCCCCCGCUCGACAACACGCCGCAGCGCCGCGAGCUCGAGACCAAGAUCAUGAAGCAGAUCACGCGCGAGCUGGGCUCGGGCGAGUUCUUCUACUCGUUCGACUUUGACCUCUCGCACACGCUCCAGCACAAGCGCGGACGCCUGUCGGCACGCACCGCCUCGGCGCCGUUACUCGACCAGCUGCUUGCUGGGCGCGAGUCCUCGACGCAGCUGUUCGCGCCGCCGUCGCCCACGUUCGCCAAGGAGGGAGAUGUCCCCUCGCGCCCGUCGUCCCGCGCAUCGUCGCAGGCCGACAGCGAGAUUGUCGAGCCUGAUAUCCACGUGCCCCUCUGGCGCCGGUUCGACAGACGUUUCUUCUGGAAUGAGUGGCUCCUCCGCGACUUCAUCGAUCUCGGGCUUCAUGCGUUCGUGCUCCCCAUCGCGCAGGGGUACUGCCAGUCGGCGUCGAUCAACAUCCCAGUUCCGCCAUCGCCAGCGGACGAGGGCCUUCCGCCGCCCCCGCCAAUCCCUCUUGACAUUGUGCUCAUCUCGCGACGAAGCAGAGACCGCGCUGGACUGCGAUACCAGCGCCGCGGUAUCGACGACGAGGGCCACGUGGCGAACUUUGUCGAGACGGAGAUGCUCGUUCGCGCACGGGUACAGGGCAAGGCGUCGCUCUUCUCGUUCCUCCAGAUCCGCGGCUCGAUCCCGCUCAAGUGGAGCCAGACGCCAUGGUCGAUGAAGCCACCGCCCGUGCUCGACCUGCCCGUGGACCAGACGUUCUCGGUCGCAAACCUCCACUUUGACGACCUGCGCUCGCGGUACGGGCCCGUCACGGCCAUCAACCUCUCUGAACAGAAGGGCAUUGAGGCGGCCGUGACGAACGGGUACACCGAGCUCGUGGACAGCCUUGGGCGGAAAGACCUCUCGUACAUCCCCUGGGACUUCCACGCCAAGUGCCACGGCAUGAAGUGGGAGAAUAUCUCUGAGCUGGUCAACUCGCUCGACUUUGACGGUAUCGGGUACUUGUGGGCACUGCAGGGCGAGGCGGUGCAGGAGCAGCGUGGUGCUUUCAGGACCAACUGUAUCGACUGCCUCGACCGCACCAAUGUCGUCCAGUCGGCCAUUGCUCGGCGUGUGCUCACGCUCAUGCUGACGCAGCUGGGCAUUGUGCUUGACCCCAAGGUGGUCAACAUUGAGCCCAUGUUCAAUGACAUCUGGGCAAACAACGGCGACAUGAUCAGCCUGUGCUAUGCGCAUACCUCGGCGCUCAAGGGCGACUUUGUGCGCACCGGAAAGCGCGACUUGCAGGGCAUGCUGCACGACGGUGUCUCGUCGCUCAGCCGCAUGUUCUACGGCGCUGUGACCGACUUCUUCGCGCAAGCCGUCAUCUCGUUCAUGCUUGGCCAUCGCAACCUCGGCGUGUUCAACGAGUUCCUCGAGAACCUGCAGAGCACCGAGUCGAGUGCACUGAUCAGGCAGUCGCGUGUGCGGGCCGCUGCAAUUGAGACGUCUUCCGCACGCGUCCUCAGUGACGGCGAACAGCGCGUCGCUGGCUGGACGCUGUUGUCGCCCGAAGAGCGCAACAUUGCUCUCAGCCCCAAGCUCGAGGAGAAGGUGCUCAUCCUCACCAAACAGGCCCUCUACGUUGUCUCGUUCAACUACCAGCUCGAAAAGGUCAACGAGUUUACGCGUAUCCCGCUCAAGUCGAUCACAUCGAUUCAGAAGGGCGCGUAUAUUCUGUCUGCACUGCAGGAGGCUGGCCGCGACCCGGUGGAGAACGCGGGCUUCAUUGUCAACUUCUCCCCAGCGGACGAGAGCACCCGGUACAGCACAUACUCGCUGCGGAACAAGGAGCCUCCUUCGCCUGAGAACUCGUCGGCGACACCGAUCAGCGACUACUUUGCUUCCUCGUCAGGGGCAGACACGCCGUCAGCCAAGCCCGCCCCACCCGACACGCCAAAGGCGCAUGUGAAGAUUGCCGACGUCGACCCGACCAAGACCGAGUACUUUGCGUUCAAGGCCCUCCCGCGCGAGUUUAUCGCCAAGAGCAAGAGCACCCUCGCCGGCUCAUCGCACAGCGACGAGGACGACGAGGAUGAGGAGGACAUUAUACUCGAGUCGAACGAGACGUGUCGCGCGACAGUGGAGCGCAUCGUGCGGCGGCUCAAGGACCAGUGUGUCAAGGCUGGUGGAGGGGGUGGAGCCGAUUUUGUCGUGGACAAGGAUGUCGUGAGCCUCCACGACGCCGAGAGCAACACGUCCCUCCUCGCACGGAUGGACUAUGCCGUCAAGCGAUUCCUGUGGUUCAUGACCCCGCCAAAGCUCAAGAACAUCCUCGUGCUCGGCGCGACGGGCGACCAGGGGGGUGCUGUGGUGAAGUACCUCUCCAAACAGCACGGCCACAUCAUCCUCGGCGUCUCACGCGAUCCCUUCAGCGACAAGGCCAAGCGCGUAGAGGAGACGCCGGGCGUCAUGGUCGUGUUUGGCGACACGGCCGACGCGCGGUCUUUGUUCCUCCAUGGGCCGGUGGACGGCGUUUUUCUGAUGCUGCAUUCUGAGACGGCUGAUGAGCUGGAGCAUACCAAGGCUAUCGCCGACGCCGCGGUCAGGUAUGGCGCCAAGUACAUCGUCUACUCUGGUGUCGAUCUGUCUGGUGUCGCAGAGACGGGGAUCGCGAGCUUCGACCUCAAGCGCGACGCAUGGGAGUACAUCAAGUCGCUGCCCAUCCCCUCCACAUACGUCGGCCCCGCAGGCUUCAUGGAGACGCUCCUGUGGCCGGGAUUUGCAGGGUACACUGCCGCGUGGGACCCGGCCUAUGUGCACAAGUACGUGUGUACCGACGACAUCGGGCACGUGGCCGCCGACUGCCUCGCCGACCCGGACCGCUUCGCGGGCCGCGAGAUCAUGCUCGCUGGCGACGCUUUGACGGGCGCGCAGGUGGCGCAGGUGGUUAAAGAGGUGACGGGGAAGGAGGUCGGCGGGAGCGGGGAGAUUGAUCACGCGUAUGCGAAGCAUCUGUUUGAGCAACUCCAUAAACACCCCUUCGAGGCCGACCCCGCCGCGCUGCGCAAGGAGUUCCCGUACCUCCAUGACUUGCGCUCCUGGCUCCAGACCGUCGACAAGGACAAGGUUGCUCCACCGGCGGCGCCGGCAGCGAAGUGACCUGGUAGGGGAGUUUGAUGACAUCUCUAUGAGCUGUAGCUACAGGGUUCAAUGUCAUAUCUGUGCGUCGCG